AUGGAUGAAGAUAAAACAGAAAUAAUCAUAAAAUCUGAAAAUGAUGAUUAAUUGCUACAAAAGACUAAUGGAAAAGAAGGAUCAUUAAAACAAACAUUAAAUGAAAUAGGAACAUAUUUUAUUUGUUUUAGAAGUCUGAAUAGAAGUUAUAAAACUGUCAGCUUUGAUUUUGAUAUCGAUGGAGAUGAUAAAGAGUAUGCUUAAUCUGAACAAUUUAAUUAAAUGUCUAAAGAAUUAUCUAGAACUAAUAGAAACUUUUAGUCAAUCUAUAGAAAUCAAAAUUGGAUUACUGAUAGAGAAAACUCUCAUAAGAUUAUUUUAGAAAACACUUAAAAUUCAAUUUAUUUGUGUGGUAUCGCAAAAAUAGGAGUAUUAAUAUUGAUUACAGUAACCUAAGCUAUUGUUGUGUACAAAUUUUUCAAAGGAAUAGAAUUUAGUUCACAUAGUAGUUGUUGA